GCAGUCUCUCUUCUUCUGUAUCUGAUUCCUGAAAAAAAGUUGUUAAACGAUGGAGAAGAUCGUUCGUUCUUCUUCACUGAUUCUACUUUUUGGCCUCCUUCUUUUUCUGAAUUUUCAGGGAUUCGUCCAGAUCGCUGAAGCAGGGAAGCGACGGAUCGAGAUCUCCGAUGACCUAGACGACGUUGAAGACAAUGAAGAAGACGAAUCAUGGAAAGAGUGGGGGAAGAAAGCAACCACCCCGGAAUUUGAUCCGCCUCCGGAUUUCACCAAUAUGGGAUUCGAUCAGAUCCAAGAGGAGAUGGCUAAACGGACUUUUGGAACGGUCGUCGGUUUCGUGAAGCUCCGGUUAGGCGUCCGCCGCACCAAGGAUAUGGUGAUUGAUAUCGCUAUGAAAUGGACAAAAGUUUUGAGAACAGGAGGGAUAGAAGUAAGAUUCAUGGCUGUAGAUCGAAGCACGGUGAUGUUCAAUAUGCAAAAUGGGAAGCUAGUGACUGAGCUAAGGGAGUUUGUGCUGAGCCAAGAAGAAGCUUACGAGGUUAAGAUAGGGAAGCAAGAGUUUAGAAGACCUGGAGAUCCUCCAUUUGAAGAUGUCUUUGACAAACUUCAAGCUGAUCAAAAGAAAGAUGACGAAGAUGGUGAUAGUAACAAGAAUGAUCUUACCAAGGAUGAACUAUAGGUCACAGAAAAGCUUUUAUAUUGGGUAGUAUUGAAAGUUCAACUCUUUUACUGAAGCUUACGUUAAAUUUCUUUGACAUGUUUGGUUUUGAAAUUCCGUUGAAUGCCGUGGGAU